AUUAAGAAAGUAAUGUGAGUCCCAGGCUGACUAGAGGAAGGUGGACAGAGCAGAGAUCUUAAAACCUGGAUGGCCUCCAUCUUGGACAGAAAUGGGCACAGACUGGGGAGAGAGGAGGUGUUCAAAGCCGCUGCCAGCAUGCUAAUUGGAUGCUUUGCUUAUGUUUCUCCUGGGGACACUGGAAUUUGAAGUCAGCUUUCAGUGGCCUGAGAGGUUCCUAGGCCUCCCCCACCCCACCCCAUGAAAGUGUGUUCCAAACAUCAAGAAUGAUAAACCCUAUGAAAACCCAGUGAAAAGCCCAAGGCUCUCACUAAGUAAGCAGCUGGUCCUCCCAUGUUGCCACACCAGCUUCCAUAGUUAGCACUCCCUGCUUCUGCACCCUAAAUGGGAGUGUCUGAGGCAGCUGAGGGCCAAAGAACUUUGUUACCUGAGUACACACCUCAUCAGGGCAUACCCCCACCCCCAUUCCUCACUUUCAGGAAGUCGUUCUGAGGCCCACUCGGGUACUCAAUGCUCAGACCAAGCCCUCUGCAGUCAUCUGGGUAGCAUCUCUACCCACCUCCAUACCAGCUUGUAGCUCCAGUCCCCUUGGGAGGGGCCAGGAGCCGGAAGCCAAGAAAGAGGAACCCAGGCUUCCGGCUUCUCAGGGACUGAGCAGAUGGGGGUGUCUUAGAGCCAUUUAUGGGAGGCCCAACUGCAGUAUCCCCAUCUCUGGCACCUCUGUAUGGGAUCCAGCAGACUCCCAGACUGCACUGAAGGUCCAGAGCUGGCACCACAGAACCUGGCAACCCCCUCCACCCACCCAUGCCCACCCCACAUGAGGCUGAGAAACAGCACACAGGACCAGAGGAGGCAGACAGGCCUCCAUUGAUGUCCAGCCAUGAUGCAGCCCCUUCAGGACCUCCCAGUCGCAACCCCUGCUGCUUAUGCUGGUGCUGCUGCUGCAGUUGCUCCUGGAACCAAGAACGGCAGCGAGCUUGGCAGGCUUCUCGGGAAAGCAAGUUGCAACCCCUCCCCAGCUGUGAAGUUUGCACUCCACCAAGUCCUGAGGAAGUACAGAGCUGGGCACAGUCCUUUGACAAGUUAAUGCAUAGCCCCACGGGCCGCAGUGUAUUCCGGGCAUUCCUGCGCACGGAAUACAGCGAAGAGAACAUGCUCUUCUGGCUGGCCUGUGAGGAGUUGAAAGCAGAGGCCAACCAACACGUGGUGGAUGAGAAGGCGCGACUUAUCUAUGAGGACUACGUGUCCAUCCUAUCCCCCAAGGAGGUGAGCCUGGACUCCCGUGUGCGAGAAGGCAUCAAUAGGAAGAUGCAAGAGCCAUCGCCACACACGUUUGAUGAUGCACAGCUGCAGAUCUACACCCUCAUGCACCGGGACUCCUACCCUCGCUUCCUCACCUCCCCCGCCUACCGCUCUCUGCUGCUCCAGGGAGCCCCACAGUCCUCCUCUGAGGCCUAGGUGCUUGCCACAUAGAUGCCCUGCUCCUGUGGGCAGACUAGGGGCUAACCCUGCCCCAUUUGGCUGGAUAUAGACUCAGUCCCAGUGGCAACUGCAAUGUUCUGCUCUGCCAUAGCCUGUUCCAGCUGGGGGUUCUCUGAGAUGGUGCCUCAGACCCUCCAGUCACGUGCCCAGGAGACGUUCUCAUAGAGAACAACCUCUGUGCCAACAGGUUUGUAGCAAGACUGUUUAUUCCACAGAACCAGAUGUAGGACCUCAGAGUCAGGCUCAAAAAAAGAGCCCAUUUAUAUUUUAUAUGUUAAUGAACUUUAAAAUUGGAAA